AACAGAAGAGAGACGCCUGAAUAAAUCCGUCCGCCUGUCGGUCCGCGGAGCUGCUCAGUUCGUUCGAGAUAACCGUCAGAGAGCGGACCGGCCUCAGAAGUUCUGCCUGCCACAUCGUGAGAAAGCAGACACUUUUCACCACAGUGCCAUGGAGUUUCCAGACCUAGGGGAGCAUUGCUCAGAGAAGUCCUGCAAGCGUUUGGAUUUUCUGCCAAUGAGAUGUGAUGCUUGUGAAGGAAUUUUCUGCAAAGACCACAUAACUUAUGCAAGUCACAAGUGUACUUCCUCAUAUAAAAAGGAUGUCCAGGUCCCGGUAUGUCCACUGUGUAACACCCCCAUUCCAAUUAAAAGAGGGGAAAUGCCAGAUAUUAAAGUUGGGGAGCACAUAGACCGUGACUGCAAAUCAGAUCCUGCACAGAGAAAAAGAAAGAUUUUUACAAAUAAGUGCUCCAAGGGAGGCUGCAAGCAGAAGGAAAUGAUUCGCGUGACGUGUGACCAGUGCCACUUGAACUACUGUCUCAAGCACAGACAUCCACUUGACCAUGACUGUAAGACUGAUGGCAAACCAGUCUCAAAAUCCGGACAUGCUGCUUUGAUGAGAGCUCAAGGUGCUUCCAGCAGUAAUACUGCAGCCUCAUCCAAUAGAGGGAGCUCCAGAAAUGCCUCUAAUGGACUGGGUGGGAAUGCACGUGUUCAGAGCAGUAGUGCUCAGAGGACCCCAGCCCCUUCCAUGGUUCCACCCCCAGCACAGAAUGUAAUACCUCCAUCAACGUCUUAUCAGGCUGGAUUGACAGAGGAGCAGGCACUCCAACGAGCGUUAGAGAUGUCGCUGGCUGAAUCAUCACGGAACACCCAGCCUGCCCUCAGUCCUCAGGAGCAGGAGGAUCUGGCCUUGGCUCAGGCCCUCGCUGCUAGUGAAGAAGAGUACCGACGGCAGCAGCAGAGACAACAGGGGAGAGAUUCCAAGCAGUCCAGCUGCCUCCUGUCUUAAUAUCAGAUCAUACUGACCUGGUGCAAUCUGCCUCAAUCUGCACAGACCAUUCCUCGGUCCAGCAUACAAGUUUCUGAAUCUCCCAAUGAAUGCAGCUGAAAACUUUUAGAUUUUACUCUUUUUUUUUUGUGUGCUCCUUAUAAGCAAGAUGGAUUUUUUAGGAGCACAUUAUGUACAUAUUUUAUAUAGUGAUCAUGGUAAUCCAUAUUCAGUGUAGAUGUUUCUGAAAAUAAAUUAUUUUAAACAUAA